AUGUAUUUCCUACACAUAUCUCCUCUUUUACUCGUCAAUCUGUUUUAUAACAAUUGUAAAUGUCCACCAAACGAAGAAUAUCUGCUAUGUGGGUCUGCAUGUCCUGCAAAUUGCACCAGCCCAAUUCCAGCGGAUUGCAGCGAUGACUGCGUCGAAGGCUGCUUCUGUCUGACUGGCUACUUGAGAAACGAGAAUGGUACUUGCGUCAAUAUUGAUGAGUGUGACACAAGUUUCUGCUUCAACAAUAAUGAGGUCUUCGACAUCUGCAACGCGUCCUGUGAACCUAGUUGCACAGACCCGGAGCCGAUUUGCACAAAGGUCUGUGCAUCUGGUUGUAUCUGUGCAACGGGGCUCUUGAGGAGUCCUGAAGGAGAUUGCGUCAGCGUCGAUAAGUGUUCCGUUAAUGGAACAGCUCCUGGUAUUUUUGAGAAGUACCUGAAUACGAUAAAUAAGAUACUACAUUUGACUGUAGCUUAGUUUGACACAGACUUGGAACCUUUAUUAUUUGACGUUGAUGAUGAAGAAGUUUUCAUAGUAACAGUUAAGUAUAUUUAGACUAUGUAGGCUUAAGUUAUAUAAAUUAAAUUACUUACUUCCUAUUUAU